AUCAUGGCUCUCCCACCAACCACAGUGGCAAAUUCCACCAAGACACCAGAGACCAUGAAGACCCCUCACCUGGCCUCUGCUGUGUUGCUCUUCAUCACCUUCCUGGUGGGUGUGGUGGGGAACGGGAUGUUCCUGUGGGUGCUGGGGCUGAAGAUGAGGAGGACAGUGACCACGCUCUGGUUCCUCCACCUGGUCUCCUGCUACCUCCUCUUCACCCUGCUGAUCCCCUUCUUUGCCGUCUAUGUCCUCCUGGGUUUCCACUGGGUCUUUGGCAUGGCCUUGUGCAAGUUCCUCAACACCUGCAUCUCUCUGGGCAUGUUCUCCUCUGUCUUUCUUCUCACACUCAUCAGUCUGGACCGCUACACCCUCACUCACCACCCAAUCUGGUCCCGGAAUCACCGCACCCUGUCCCGAGCUUGGAAGCUGGUUGUGGGUGUGUGGCUGGCCUCCUUCGGUCUCAGCACUCCCUACCUGGCUUUCCGGGAGACCCAGGUGUUGGACGGGGGCAGGAUCAUGUGUGUCAAUAAAUACAACAUCUUCGGAGACUGGAAUGGAGCCGAGAUGCAGGACCUGGUGAGACGGAUCCACCUGGCUAUCUUUGUGGUCCGGUUCCUGCUGGGCUUCCUGCUGCCCUUCUGUACCAUCGUGGGAUGUUAUGUCCGCAUGGGGCUGAAGUUGAAGGAGAAGAAGCUGGUGUGGGCUGGGAAGCCCUUCAAAGUCAUGGUGGCCGUGGUGGUUUCCUUCUUUCUCGGGUGGCUGCCCUACCACCUCUACCACGGCUUGAAGCUCUACAAGAAGGAGGUGCCAGAGUCAGUGAUGGGCACCCUCUUGGUCAUUUACACCUUCACGUCCUGCUUCAAUGCCUGCUUCACCCCCAUCCUCUACCUCUUUGUGGGAGAGAAGUUCUGGCAGGUCUUCAGGACGUCUCUUCUCACUCUGGUCAAAGCUGCUUUUGUCGAUGAUCUCGGAAGCAGUGCCCCCGAGUCUAGUGGAAGACAGGGUUCAGAAAUCAAGAACAAAAAAGAAGAGAUGGUGUGA